AUGAGUCAAGAGGGUUGGCCUCUGGGAUGUGGCGUUCGCUUUGCAGUUGACCUAAAUGGGACUCCAAUUUUGUGCUUGAAUGAGUCCAAUAGGAAACUGUUUUCGGAUAAGAGGUGCAGUCUUCAUGUUCAGCUAGAGCAAUCUGGAUUGCGGACGCCGCAAUGCACGAUACAUGGGAACCUUGAUAAACCUGGAGAUAGAAUGGCUUUGAAGAGGCUUCAUUCAGCAUGGAAGAAGCGGUUUGGAGAAGAAGUAGAUGAAAAUAACAUAUAUGUAAUUGAUGUUGAACGGGCACUUCAGAUGGAUGAUUUUGCUGAGGAUGGUAUGUGGGUUACGUCAUCUGAAUAUGCAUUAGCUAAUCCAGAUCCACUUCGAGACUUUGCAAAGAAGAUUAUUGAUGAUAUAAACACACACAAUAUGGAGGAUGUUCAUCGCUUUUGCAACAUUUACGUGGAUUUGGAUUUCCAGGUGUUGGAUGCCAAGAUGGUUUGGAUCGACCGGCUAGGUUUUGACAUGCACCUCAGGUCUACCCAAAAUGAUGUAUUUGAGGUGCGAAUUCCUUUCCCUAGGGAAGUGACGGAUGAGAAGGGCGCAAAAUCAUCGUUCAAUGGGAUGUCUCAACUUGCUUGGGAAGUGGAAAAGAAUGUUCAAGUUCCAGAAUUCAAAAAGGUAAGACAACUGAAGAAGAUCAUAGGUGGAAGACUUUAA